AAGACAACAAAUCGGAGGAAGCCAACGGAAAUCGAGGGGCCGUGCGCUGCCAAUGCCAUGAGCAUGGAGGUUGUCCUUGCUCUCUCUCCAUUUCCCCGUUUCUCUCUUCCUAACACCAACCUAAAAACCACUCUCAGCUCCUCUAACUCUCAGGUUCUGAUAUGGAGAUUCCCGUUAAUGAACGUACAGUUAAAUCACUACUACAGCAGAAAGCGUAGGGGCUGCAUUAAUGGUGGCGGAGCUUCUAGGCGCAGCCUUUGGCCUCAGUUUUCGAACAGCUAUGAUCGAUGCAAUCUCAAGUUGGGGAAGUGUAUUAGCAGGCUCCGAGAGUUUAUGUAUUCUUCAGAAAAAAUGAGAAAACAUGUUUCUUCUACUCUUUUCACCCGGUUGGUUGUUUCAGUGUUGAUGGUUUCUUUUGCGGUCAGCAAUUCACCCUCUUGGGCUCUGAGCGAAGAAAAUCUUCUCUUCUUAGAGGCUUGGAGGACGAUUGACCGUGCUUAUGUUGACAAAACGUUCAAUGGACAAAGUUGGUUUCGGUACAGAGAAAAUGCUUUGCGCAAUGAACCGAUGAACACGCGCGAAGAGACAUACACGGCUAUCAGGAAGAUGCUUGCCACACUUGAUGAUCCUUUCACUCGAUUUCUCGAACCUGAGAAGUUCAAGAGUUUGCGGUCUGGAACAAAAAGUGCUGUUACUGGUGUAGGGCUGUCAAUAGGCUAUCCUACAGGGUCUGAUGGACCACCUGCUGGACUUGUUGUCAUUUCAGCUGCUCCAGGAGGUCCUGCAAAUAAAGCUGGCAUUGUAUCUGGGGACAUUAUCUUGGGAAUAAAUGAUACAAGCACAGAAAGCAUGGGCAUAUAUGAUGCAGCAGACCGGUUGCAGGGACCUGAAGGAAGUUCAGUAGAAUUAACCAUUCGCAGUGGGCAAGAAAUAAAGCAUCUCGCUUUAACGCGAGAGAAAGUGUCUCUAAAUCCAGUGAAGUCAAGACUCUGUGUAAUUCCUGGUUCAGGGAAGGAUUCCCCCAGGAUUGGGUAUAUUAAACUGACAACAUUUAACCAAAAUGCUUCAGGUGCAAUCAGGGAAGCUAUCAAUACUUUGAGGAGUAAUAAUGUUAAUGCCUUUGUGUUGGACCUUCGAGAUAAUAGUGGUGGCUUGUUUCCAGAAGGGAUUGAGAUCGCCAAGAUUUGGUUAGACAAAGGUGUCAUUGUGUAUAUUUGCGAUAGUCGUGGGGUUAGAGAUAUAUAUGACACGGAUGGAAGUAGUGCAAUUGCAACUUCAGAACCCCUUGCGGUACUGGUGAACAAGGGAACUGCGAGUGCAAGUGAAAUAUUAGCCGGUGCAUUGAAAGACAAUAAGCGUGCUGUUUUAUUUGGAGAACCCACAUUUGGAAAAGGCAAGAUUCAAUCAGUUUUUCAGCUAUCUGAUGGUUCUGGCUUGGCAGUUACUGUCGCUCGUUAUGAGACCCCUGAUCACACAGAUAUUGAUAAGGUUGGUGUGAUUCCAGACCAUCCACUACCUAGAUCUUUUCCGAAGGAUGAGGAAGGUUUCUGCGGCUGCCUCCAAGACCCUGCAUCUACUUUCUACGUGAAUAGGGGCCAGCUGUUUGCGAGAUAGCAGAUUCCCUUGUGUUUUGACAUUUUUUGGGGGGUUAAAGACAUCAUAAUUCCUUUUCAAGUGGAGUAGAUUCAUUCUUUUGUUGGUUCAUUAAUCUUUAUUGGAGCCAGUUUAACUCGAGCAAACAUUUGCUCCAGUAUUUUAUGAAAAGGGAUGUCAAACAGCUUCGGUCUGGUUGACCAUGAAAAUGACACGAGGAAGUUUGACCA